AUGUCACGACACGCACAAGUGGAGGAGGUCUACGACUCUGACCCCGAGGAGGUCGCGCCCUCUGAACCCUCCGCUUCCCUUCUCACACCCUCUGCAAUUCCCCCUCCCGGCGCUUCAUCGAUUCCGACGAGACCUGCUCCUGAGCCGCGCCGCGAAAUCCCAAAGCAUUUCCAGUGUCUAUACCCCGUCUACUUUGACAAGACACGGUCUCGGGCAGAAGGUCGCAAGGUUGGCGCCGAACUUGCAAUCGAAAAUCCCCUGGCGAGAGACAUUGUCGAUGCAGUACAAUCGCUGGGGUUGAAUGUUGGCUUCGAGCCAGAGAAAUUACAUCCGAAGGAUUGGGCAAACCCGGGACGGGUCCGGGUUAUGUUGAAAGACGAGGAUGGGAAUCUCGUUAACCCCAAGAUCAAGAACAAGCAUCACCUCCAUAUCCUAGUUGCGCAGUAUCUCAAAGCCCACCCUACUACCGAAGAAUCCCCCUACCGGCUGAGAAUCAGAGGCCUCCCGAUGCCAGAGAAGCUGCCCGGUGCACCUCCAGCUCCCCGAGGCUGGAAGAUCGGCAAGAUUCUUCCGAUCCAUUCGCCAGCUUACAGUGGUGGAGGAGUCAGUGACAACCCGCUCAAGGAUGCCAUGGCUGAAAUGCAAAGCAUGGGAGGAAUGCCUGGAAUGCCCCAGAUCCCCGGGAUGCCUGAUCUUGCUGGGUUGAUGGGAGGUGAGCCGUCCUCCGGCACUGGCGGUAGUGAAAAGAAGAAGAAGGAUAAGAAGAAGGGUAAGGCAUGA